AUAACCAUUCGAUCCACUCGCGUCGCUUGUGCCACUACUGUGAAUAACAUCAAAUAAAAUAAUAAAAAAUGGAGAAAAGCGUGAUUAUUAUAGUGUUAUUUUUUUCGUGCUUUGAACACACACAACAACUAAUCCCAUUACCUGACUUCAUCCAUCCUUGCAGCGAACUAAAUGAUGAAUGCUUCACACAAGCUACGCUAGACGCCAUACCUGGCGUUGUCAGAGGAAUCCCGGAGGCGGGCAUCCCUCCCCUGGACCCUCUUUACCUGGACAAGAACAUAACGAUGGCCCUCCCCGGUAACGUCAAGAUGACAUUCCACAACGGAAAACUACUGGGACUUAGCACCUGUGUGCCGAGUAAAGUUUCAUCGCGUCGUGAGCAGCGAACAUUUGUUUUCGACAUCCAGUGCAACUUUACCAUCAAAGGCCAUUACAGCAUUGUUGGAAGGAUACUGCUUUUCAACCUUAACACGGACGGCAAUGCAAAGAUUAAAAUAUGGAAUCAAAAAAUCCAUCUAGAGGUUCUCGAAAAGGUUGUUAAAAACGACAAAGGCGAGGGUCAUUACAAGAUAAACUCUUACAAAUACAAAGCAGACUAUGGGACGGACUUGAAACUCAACUUGACUAAUUUAUUUAGAGGAAGCCCAGAAAUUAGCGCCAACAUUCUAGGCGUGCUCAACUCGAAUUCGCAACUAGUCGCUCAGGAGUUCGGAGGGCCGAUCCUCGAUUACGCUAUAGACUACGCAAUGAAUGUCACGCAGAAGUUCUUUGAUGCGUACACAUACGACCAGAUCAGCCAUGUUCCUCUCACGGAUGACUUCUUUGAAGAGGAUUGAUUUACUAUAAAUAGUUUAGAUACUUUAAAAGACUAUGAGAUGCUACAUCUUAUAUUAAUUAAGCGUAAAUUAAUAUGUAAAUUAACGGUAAUCGUUGGUUUCUGAGUCCAAAAUCUCUAUAUAAAACAUGUUAUUUCUGUUUUGUCAAAGGUAAUGAAAGAGAUGAUGAUAAGUUUUAUACUAAUGUGUAAUCUUUGGUUUUUGAAACCAAAGAUUAGAUAGCCUUGAAGUAUUAAGAAAUCACUUGGUCUCGAUAAUACAGCAUUCCUUGUCCUAAUCCUAACCUAUCAUUAUAGACCUUAAAAAAUAAAUAAAGCCAUGGUAGACUUUCGUACGACUGAGCUAAAUAUUUCAUACAAAAACUUUAGUAUUUGUAUUUUAAAUGCGUAUUUGUUGUAAAUAUAUGCGUGUAAAUCCAUUUAGAGAUUAAUAACUAAUUACUUACGUGGGUGGGUAGCUGAUGAUAUUUGUGUUAAAUCAUUACGUGUCAAUAAAAAUUGACAAUUUUCUUCACUUCACAAUAAACAUUACCCGCAUUUCAACACUAGUUUUUCCAUAUCACACACAAUAUUAAGUUCAUUUUAAAUAAACGCUCACAUCACUUGUAUAACACACAACAAAAUUAUUAUUUUAGAAGUACUUAUUCGUUGUACAUCUCAUUUUAGAAAAUUCGAUUUCAUGUUACAGUAAUCACAACUGUCAAAACUUUUUAUUUUCUUUUUUAAAAAGCACAAAUCUUUCUCGACUGCCAGUCUGCCAGCAACAUUAAUUUAGUUUUAGUUUGUAACCUAAACGUAUUUGUAGGUAAUAAUACUUUUAAAUAAAUUUUAAAUAGCGUUUUAUUUUUUUUUAUAUAAAUGGAAA